AUGGAGAAGGCUGUUGACAAUUUGGAGGCAUUAUUCAAAAAGGCAGACGUCGACCUCAACCUUCUCUCCCGAAAGCUUCAAAUGGACAAGGACACUGGACGCCCGUUGAGCGAUGAGGACAAUCCAGUCAAACUGAUGGCCCAGGUGGAGGAGGCCAAGGCAGAGUUCUCAGCCUUGACCAGGGAAAUUGCCACCAUACAGGCAGCUCAGAAGGAAACACUCAGCUACUUCCAGACCUCACUUCCCAAAAUGAGCGGACUGUUGACCAAGCUGGAGGCACACUCUGGGGAAACAGAAAUUACCCACUUGGCCCAAGCUAUUUUAGGACAGGUGUCGCAGUUGAUGGGAGUGCCUGACUUGAACCUACCACCUCUGUCAGAGCUUGCGACAGGUGACCAGCACUUGGCUGUAUCCGGAGAAGGCUGCCUCCCUAGAGAACAUGCUCAGGCAUCUGGCAAAACCUGCCCCAGUGUUGGAAAAUCGAAACAGAACGAACCCGCGUGUCCAGCGGCAUCGGCUGUAGACAGAAGGUCCCGGUGCUCAGAUUUUGUUGAAGUGACCGAUCAAGAAUUAUUGUCAGUGUCCAGACUGGUCAGAGGCAAAGUUAAACUGGAUGACUUAAACAGGACUUACAGCAUGCUGUGGCAACAUUUUAAAGUAGAAGGCAAAAAAGAUGCCCUGUCACCUCAACAGAUGAAUUCCAUGGGAUUGAGGGUAUCUGGUGCUACAGGGGAAGCAAAACUGAAGGUGUUACGAGCGCUCAAACUGUGCCAGAUCAGCAAAAAUGGGGAUGUCAAACUGUGCUGA